AUGCUAAACCUCGGCAGCCCCCCUCCAAGUCAGGGGGUGCUGAGGCCCCUGGAGAGCCAGGCCCUCACCGCCCUCACCCGGAGCAGCCAAGAACUGGUGGAUCUGAAGUCAGUGGACACGUCUGGACAUUUGUUCGACGCUGAAUUUCGCCGCUUCGCCAUGAAGCGCUCCGUCGCGGGCAGCUUCCAGGACUUCUACCGCCUGCUGCAGACGGUGCACCAGAUCCCGCGGGUGGACGUGCUCCUGGGCUACACGGACAUCCACGGCGACCUCCUGCCCAUCAACAAUGAUGACAACUACCACAAAGCCCUGUCCUCCGCCAACCCCCUCCUCAGGGUCAUCAUCCAGAAGAAGGCAGAGUCCGAUGCCGGCGUCUUCGCCUCGAACUCCUUGCAGCGGAAGAAGAAGGGGCUGCUGCGCCCCACGCACUACCGGGCAAAGCCUCACCUCCUCAUCGGCAUGCCCCAGGACUUCCGCCAGAUCUCCUCCAUCAUUGACGUGGACAUCCUGCCCGAGACCCACCGCCGCGUGCGGCUCCACAAGCACGGCUCCGACAAGCCGCUGGGCUUCUACAUCCGCGACGGCGUCAGCGUGCGCGUGGCCCCGCAGGGAGUCGAGAAGGUGCCCGGCAUCUUCAUCUCCCGCCUGGUGAAGGGCGGCUUGGCCGAGAGCACGGGGCUGCUGGCGGUGAGCGACGAGAUCCUGGAGGUCAAUGGCAUCGAUGUGGCCGGCAAGUCCCUGGACCAGGUGACCGACAUGAUGGGGUCCACCACCACGUCCCAGCAGCCCAGCGCCGGGAAACCUAACCUGGGCACUUCGGGCUUCUGCAGAAAGUGGGACCAGGACCCACGGCUCUCCCCCUGCCUGCACUACGUCAGCGCUGCUGGUUUCUGCUGCCCGCCACCACGCCUCAGGCCCUGCUCAGCCCACCGGGAGCUGCACACGCACUGA